GCAUGCUUGCAGCAGCAUGCGGACCACUUGUAGCUUACCUACGUGUUGUUUCUUCCUUUUCUCUCUCCAUGCUUGUGCUAAGAUACGUUCGGAUCGGAAGCUUUAACGCAUAAUUUCACAACGGAAAAAAAUAUUUAACUUGGGCGCAAACAGAAUACAGGCUUUGCGAUCAUGUCUAGAAGCCGACAGCGUUUUCUUGGAUAAAAGACAGUGUGUGGAACCCUCCAGUUCGUCUACGAACAGUUAGUUGUGUGCUUUGUGUCCCAGCUUUCACUCUCAGGCUUGUUUUUCGGUGUGCAGAUAACAUUUAUUCAUCACCCGCCCGAGGAUACGUACGAGCUGUGCAGAUAACACUUAUUCUUCACCCACCCAAGGAUACGUACGAGCUUUGCAGAUACCAUUUAUUCCUCACCCACCCAAGGAUACGUACAGCUUUGCAGAUAACAUUUCUUCUCCCGGGGAUACGUUGGAGCUGUGCUUGUAUCAUCACUUGUUCUAAUACAAAGCGUUCGUCUGCCUGAGGCGAAUGGCGCACACACACGGAGCCCCUGUUGUUCCAGGUACUGAUUCCCUCCCUGGAGCUGCAGGAGACAUGAGUUUCACCAAAAAUUUACGUCAAAGAUUCAAAACGGAGAAGGAGGAGCGUAAAGACAAGCUGGGCCAUUCCCCAGCGCAUGGAGAGGAGGACGUAUUUGAGUUUGUGGAUUCUGGGGAUGAAUUGAGCAAGUCUCCACCUGCCACAGAGCGAAUGCACCCACAGCAGGUAGAAGAGGCCUGCAGCACUCCAGUGCAGGCCGGGGCUGAUUCUCCUUCGGGCCGAUGGAGCAGCGUGGAGGAACGGCAGAUAUUUGAGGAGCAGCUGAAUCAGCUGCAGGACCAGCUAAUGAUUGCGAGUAUCGAGAACCAGACGCAACAGAAUGAGCUGAACCAUUAUCGGAACAAAUCGGAGGUGCUGGAGAAAGUGAAAAGCGAGCUCAUGUACGAGAGACAUCGUUGUGAGUUGUUGGAGAAGAAACUGGAAAAUCUUAACAAAAAGAGGUCACACAAGGUUCAUCGCAGCCACUCAGAUCUGUCAGGCAAAGACAAUCUGAGCGUGCCUGGAGGAAGUGGAGGCAGUUCACCUGCUGGGGGAUCCCCUGGGGACAGAGCGGACAGUGGGGAUGAAAAUGCAGAGGAACUGGUGGUGCCACAGAGAAAGAGGAGGUUUUACCAUCACUUUUUCCAGUACAUAGUGGGUUCCUUCAACAGUUUUGCCGAAGACUUCACCGAUGAGCCAAUCAGACAAGCAGAGGGAGACCCGGAGGGAGAUCCACUGACAGUGAAGAAGCUGAAAGAAAACAUCAAGAGAUUUGGUACUGAGGCCAAGCCCUACCUGAACACCAUCCGAGGCAUCGGCGAGAUUCUAGCUUGGAAGUCUCCCCCAUACACCCUCAUAGUGUUUGUGGUGUACAUGUACUCGGUGUGGAUGGGCUGGUUCCUGCCUGUACUGCUCUUCUGUCUAACCUUCAGGCUCUUCAUCAACUAUCUCAGGCACAGGGGCUGGAAUGUCCACUUCAACUUUUUUGAGACAGCUGAGGAAGCUAAGGAAUCGGAGGAGAAAGACAUGGGAAUGUCAGACAAAUUAAACCUGGUCAUGCAGGUGGCAAGGAAAGUCCAAAACUUUCUCGGAGAAGUUGCUGACAGUCUGGAAAAGAUCAAAAGUAUGCUGACGUGGCGUCACCCAGAGGCAAGUCGCCAGUUGUUGAUCAUGGUCACUGCUGCGUUUAUCACCUCCUGCAUCCUUCCCACCCCACUGCUCUUCUUCUACGCUGGUCUGUACCUGGGCAUCAAGCUGUUCAUCAUUGACUACAUCUUCAACCGAUUCCCACGUGUGAAGAGAAAAUAUGACUCCACCUACCGCAUGUGGCAGGAGCUACCGACUGAUUUGGAGUUUGAACGCAGAUAUGUUAAGAGUGAAAUGGAUAAGUACAUUCUGCCCAGUGGUCAGGAGAAAGUUGACCCACACCUGGACUCUAAAAGUGACCAUGUGUCCAUGGAUGACCGCACAUUCUGUGAGCUCUUCUCUCUCCCAGAAUCUGAGUGCCCUUUGCCAGGUUGGCACAGUGGGCGACGAUGCACUCUAAUCAACAGAGAAAAAUCUCUCACUGCGGCGUUCAAGAAUGGAAGGCUCUAUCUCACGCAUAGUUUCCUGUGCUUUGAGAGGACCAAAGUGCCUUCGCCAAAGAACAUCGUCAUUCCUCUCGCUGACAUUGCCAGGUUGGAAAAGGCCAGACCGUAUUCCUGGAUGCCCGGUGGAGGAAUGGCUAUUGAGAUUGUUGUGGUUGGGAAUGAAAAG